AUGGUUUCAACACAUGCUCCUGCGCCUGAUGCAGGUAACGGUGCGGGAUAUACGAAAGACCAGAAUGGGAACCAGAGCAGCGCAGUACAACAUCCCACCGGCCCAACUGAAUCGCAUAACCAGACGUAUCCGGUCGCACAACCACCACAAUACCCAUCACCUCCAGCGGCUACCUACGAUCGCGAAGAAACGAUAGAUGGAGCUACGAGGCCUCCCAUGACCAACCCAGGGCACGCAAACUUUCAACAGGUACCUCAAGUCAACGGCUAUGAGAACACUGCAGAUAUCUGGGGCGAGAGAGUGGGCAACGAGCCGCAAACAUACAGCCCGCCCAUACUGCCAUUCUCCGCCCAGGUAACCGGUCAAACAGAUCCUGGGUCAUUUAACGAGCGGACACGUAGCGAAUCUCCUUCGGGAGUACAUCUACAGUCGAAUAAUCCCUUCCUCAAAGCAAAGCUGAAUCGCAGUGAAAGCCAUGAUGCAGUGUCAAAUCCGCUGGAUGGACAGCUCCCUCCCUCUGCACAUGACGGCCGGAAUGCCCCUCUCGACAACCAAGACCUACCUAGCUCUAGUCAGGCAAAUACUGGAAUGGCCGCAUUGUCCCUAGCCACGCCCAUUAACCAUAAUAGCGAAGAUACAGCUGUUGGAGAAAAGGCAGCUGCGCCUCGGGCAACACCCAUACCCGAUAGGACCGCCUCAGGGAAGGAACUUGCGUCACCAACAGAGUCAGUGAAUUUGAUUGAUUUCGAUUCCCAUGAGCCUUCCAUAGAUGGAGAAUCACGACCUCAAAUCAAUACCCCCAGCGAAUCUAGUUUAGAGAACAUAGAUAAAGGGAAGGGGGUGGCAUUGGAACAUACUGAACACCACGAGCCCCAUUCGACAGAUAGAACUGAAACGCAUCCAGUCCCAACUAUAGUCGAACCAUCUUCAACCCCAGACCCAAAUACCAAUACAUCUGAACACGCAAGCCACCGGUCCGAGGUCUACGAUAUACGAAUUGUCAACUGGACAGAUGGAACGACCGAGCUGCGUCAAUCCCCAGUUUUGGCCCUGUUUGACGAGCUUAUGAGCUCGCAGGAUGGAAACGAGGAGUUACCCGAUAUUGAGGCGUUAAGCGUCUUUCUCACCAUGCUACAUACUGGAAUGAAUGUUAACCCACGUCUGACACCGGUAUUACACCCUCCUACGCCUGGGACUUUCCUUAAAACUCGUGAUAUAGAGCUGUAUAGUGCGUUUAACCUACCACUAGUUCACGGCUGGGCUGCUGCACCAGCGUCACCAACACAUGAAGCGAUGCUUCAUGUGGCUGAAUAUCAUGACGACAUUCAACUACUACAUUUCCAGAGAGAGGAUCUAGAAACUAGAGCGAUCAAUACAGGCUCGUUAACUCCAGACGAGCAACGGUUGUUUCAAGAUAUCGAUACCAUCCAACGAUUCGUAACGGUAGAUAACCCCACCCAGCUAAGUCCAUUUGGCCUUCGACACUUGGAGAAAUCUCUACCGUCCGGUAGCGUUUGCGUCUUGUUCCGAAACGAUCACUUUUCGACACUUUUCAAGCACCCACUAUCUAAUCAGCUAUUCACACUGGUCACUGAUGCUGGAUAUGCAGGUCAUGCGGAAAUCGUCUGGGAGAGCCUGGUAGAUGUCAACGGGACGAACUCGGAACUAUACUCUGGUGAUUUCCGCCCCGUCGGACAUGGCGCCGCUGAGUCUAGCCAGACUCCUCCACGGAGGGAAAGAGGGUCGGCUCCAAAGGAUACCGCAAGUAGCACCGAGCAAACAGAUGCAGACUACGCAUUUGCUUUAUCAUUGCAAUACGAGGACGAACAGAACAGGCAGGAGGAGCGAAGGCCAUCGCCUCCAGCCAGCCGAUCACAAAACAACCUCAGAGCAAAUUCUGAAACAAUGUCACCCCGUGGUCGGACAAACCAUCAAAUACGCAACACUCGCUCCGCAAGCUUUACACGGCCAAAUUCUGCUCUACCAUCUACUCUAACUCCCCUCCCUCGCACUCCCACCACCAACCGACCACCUCCAUCCCGAACGCAAGGGUUUUCACCGAUGGUUCCACCAUCCUCAGCCCAGAGCAGGAACGACAAUGACCCUAAUGCACCCCCUCCAACAUAUGAGCAGGCCGCUCAAGAACCAGCAUACAUACCACCGCCCAACGGGCCUCCAUACCAACAACGCCCUCCCGGCCCUAUGGGACCAAUUCCUCCAUACAAUCAAAUGCCUAGAUAUAACCAUGGCCCUGGCCCUGGACCUGGCCCAAACAUGGCUGCCAGAAGACGGCAAGGUGGUGCUUCGCUCUCUACCUCAUCGUUGCCACAGCGCGAUUACUAUAGGGAGAGAGACAGAAAUAAAGACUGUAUAGUUAUGUGA